CUCCAUCCUCCCACCAUCUCUUCAAUCUCUGCCCCCGCCUCCAUCCCUUCGACACCGCUUGUGCACACAGACUCUCCCCUCGCCCCCUCCCCCCGACACAACAUGGCUCCCAGGCGCAAGGCGGUUGAGACCGCCGUCGCCCCCGAGCCGCCGACUGCCGAGACGUCGACCGCUCCUCCCACCCCGACGGCCCUCGCGCCCGAGCCCCUCUCAGCCGAGCAGCUGGAGAUCCAACAGCAGCUGGCCUGCUUGCGGAGCCCGCUCGGCCAGGCUGUCAGCCAGAUUCUGCAAGAUGCCCAAGUGUCGGCAGCGAACUCCCGGCGGGCGCUGCACCUCCUGCGAGCGGAGCAUGUUACCCACGGCACUGAGGCCUUCAUGGAGGUCAUGUGUGUGCUGCUGCUGCGAGUGCUGUCGAUCCGGCGGCGCGAGGCCUCGGUCGAGCGCCUGGUCAAGCUGUUUGCCAAUUACGGCGAGUUUCUCCAGAAGCGUAGUCGUGUGGCGCAGGACGCCAGCCAGUCAGUCGCCGAGGAUGGCGAAGCCCGGCCCCCGGCCAAGACGGCCGACCGCCGCUCCAAGCGUCUGCGUGAGGAGGACCAACUUCACUACACCCUGGGCACUGAAUACAAUGAGGCGCUGUUGCGCUUCCUUCUGCGCGGUGUGGACUCCCGCAAUAAGCUCAUCCGCUUUCGCAUCUGCCAGCUAUGCGUGUAUCUGAUCGUCAACAUCAGCGACCUGGACCCUGACCUGUAUGAGGAAGCGCUCGACCGGGUUGGCGCGCGGACGAACGACGUGGAUUCGCUCGUGCGCAUCCAGUCGGUGUACUUCCUGUCCAAUUUCCAGGGGAGUGUCCUUGACGAUGACAGCGGGAAUUUGGCCCCGCCCCCUCUGUCCCGGAGCAUCUCCAUGAGCGGGGCCAUCUUGGACAACACCGAGGACCCGGAGGAGGACCUCAUCAUCCGGCGCUUCUCCGAACUCAUUCGCGUGGAUCAGAGUGGAUCCGUGCGCAAGGCCGUCCUUGACAACAUCGACCGGACGCCGCGUAACUCCCAUGUCAUCGUGGAGCGUAGUCGUGAUGUGGACCCUCGCGUGCGGCGGUACCUCUUCCGCCGGAUUGUCCCCCAGAUUGAGGUGACCUUCUUUUCGCCCAAGCAGCGCGUGGUGCUGCUGGGCAAUGGUCUACGCGAUCAGGAUGAGACCAUUCGCAAGGCUUGCUCCCUGGCCUUGAAUGGCUGGAUUCGUGGCCACUACAAGUCCAACCUCCUGUCGUUCCUCUCGGACUUUGAUGUGCUCGAGCACGCUGACACCCUGUCCCUCGCCUUGCGGGCCUUCUUCAACGCCAACCCAAGUGUUGUCAUGCCCAUUGAUACCCUGCUGCGGAGUCCGGUCCCCGACUCGGCUCUCCUAGCGCGGGCUUUCUGCGAGCACAUCUCAGAGAAGCCCUCGCCGCGUUAUGACGAAGCGGUUCCCGAGUUGACGCGCGUGGCCACGGCCCUCAUGCAGGUGUUCAUGCGAAUCCUGACCCUGUGUGCGGAUCCCAGCCAGCAGGCCGCCACCAUUGCCAGCCUGGUCAUCACGGACCCCUUCAGCACGGAGGAUGACCCGGCCGUUGAGGGGGGGGCUGGCGAUGGCCCGCCACUGGCGGCCGGCGGGGAUUUCAGCCCGCGGCCGAGCUCGGCCGGUGACUUGUCGGCGCUGUCGACCCCAGGUCGGGGCAGUGUCCCGGGCUCCCCGGCACUCGGGAAUCCCGGCCUCGGAUCGCCAACUACCCCGAUGGACGUCCAGCGCCGGUCCAAGCGCCUGGCCAAUGCCGAGACCCAGAGCAGCGCCCGUCGGCAUGGGUUGCGUUCGCCGCCGGCCGCCCCGGCCCUGUCCCCCUCGUCGGCGGUCACCGAGUUGGCCCAGUUGUCCUUCUGCUAUCACCAGCUGCUGCUCAUUUGCAAUACCCUUGACACUUCGGAUGAGGUGGGUCGCAUGAACAUGAUGAGUCUCCUGGGGAAGAUUAUUGUCCAGCCGACCCUUUCCAGCAGUCUCUGGACCCCGACGGUUAAGUCCAUGUGCAAGCUCCAUGUGACCGAGCUGGACUUCGUCGACAAUUGUGUCGAGCUCAUCCAUUCGAUGCUGCGUUUCUCUGCCGAGAGCCCGAUCCUGGAGCCCAUCUUCCUGGAAAAGAGCCUCACCCUGUAUCGCGACGCAUUGCGCCUGAUCAAUACGCCGCUGUUCGAGCUUCCCGGCGCGGUGGACAUGCUGAAUGACUUUGUAAAGUGCCACACCCUGUCGGGGGAUCCCAAGCUGCGUGUGCUGGCCUUCGAGUCCUAUGGCGCGGCGGCCCUGCUGGAUGUGCACCUGGCGACGGAAAUGUUCGCCAGCUUUGCCGAGCUGGCCCGUGCCACCGAGGAGUCCAUUGAGGCUCGGCAGACCGGUGUAUUCGCCUGCUUUGACAUUUUGCUGACGCAUCGAGAUGCACUGGUGCACCCGCCAUCGUAUGCUCCGGCGGUCGAGGACAGUGGCGAAACCAAUGGCCUGCUCUCGGACGGUGCUGCCGGGGCUGACCAGAAUGUUGUCAGUGUGCAGAAUCCCUUCCUGGACAUGCUGCAUUUGUUUGAGACCCUGUACGACGAGUACCACCACCAGUCGGAGGGGAUUCCCGAGCUGGCGCGGGGGUCGUACACGGCGCAGGACACCCUCGUCCGGCAUCCUGACACCCAAGCAUCGCCGCUGGCACUGGAGCGGUAUGAUCGGCGGGUGGCCCUGGCCGAGGGAAUCCCCGCGCGGGAACUCUGCAAUGCCACGGCCCAGGGCCUAUGUCGUGUGUUUGCCUGGGAUGUGGUUGGCGAGGCGGCCCUGCCCCUGUUUGCCACCAUCAUCGCGCGCCUGCUGGAGUUGGCACAGCACACGCACCCCCUGGCAAGCUUGGCCAGCCUGGCGGGUGAUUCGGUGGGCACUUUGGCCGAGUCGGCGGCCCCCAAGCGCCGCACCGCGCGUGGGCGCAAACGUGCCACCGAAGCCGACGACACCCUGGAAGCCGGGCCCGAGGUCAAGGGCGAGGAUGUGCCGGCUGGAGGUGCACCUGUGGCCCCGGCCGAUGGCGUGCCCGGGUCGAAGCUUCCCCCGGUGGAUGGUCUUGUCCUGUUCACGGAUAAGACUCGCAGGUGGCUGUCCUCCGUGUCGAGCGAGGUGGCUCUCCUGCUGCCGGCGGUGCCGGGCCCAACCGGGACGGCUCGGGGUCGGGGCCGCGCGGGUCGGCGCGUGACGCGCCCGGCGGCCGAAACCCAGGCCGCCAUCGCUGCCGCUGAAGCCGAAGCCAUCGAGGCUGCUGCCGCCACACCAGGCCCGGAACCCACGACAGAGUUGGCCGUUGCUGCCACACCGGUCCCCGCGAGCCGGGAUGUCAGCCAUCGACCGCGCCCGGCCACUGCAGGCAUGCCCGGCGAAUCGCCUGCUCCCGGGGCUGGAUCUGUCCCUCGUGUUCCGCCGACCCCACGGUCUGGCGCCAUUGCGCCGGUUCCCCUGUCGCCCAUGUCGGCCAGCAUGUCGGCCACUUCGCCGCCGCGGCCGGGGUCCGGCGGCUUCCCGGCUCCAGGUCGACUGUCCUUCGGAAUGGCGGACCUAUCACCGAUCAUCGGGGGCAGUGCCGGCGGACAAUCGCCCUUCCGCCUGGAUCACCACUCCUUGGACCAGCCAAUGUCGCCGUCGGCCGUGGCAGCGGCUCUGGCUGGUGGAGCCCCUCUGCGGCCAGCCUCUCCCCUGGCUGGCGGCUCGAGUGAUCCCCGGCGGCCGAGCGGGCUGGCAUCAUCUUUGGGCAUGGCGGUCCCACCGUCCCCGGUCCCGGCGGGUGGGGCCACGCCCUCUCGACGUGUGGGUGCCUCGGAUUCGGCGACCGACCUUCACAUGAUGCUGCACCCGGGCCCGGGAGCGGCGCCGGCGAGUCCGACGACCAAGCGCGGCCGGCUGUCCGACCGGGCGGCCGCCCUAGUGGCCGAUCCUUCGGAUGAUGGGGGAGCUCCCAUUGACCCGGCGACUGACGAGGAUGACGAGAACAAUGAGCUGUCCCCGGCGAGCGGCACGCGCACGCGCAAGCGGCCGCGCCUCUCCGAGUAAGCGCCCCCCCCCCC